AGCAGCCAAUCAGAGCAAAGCUCCGGCGCCGUAUAAAACCUGGCAAAGCCGCUUAUUUUCUGGAGACCAUAAUCAACGUCGUUGUGCUUUAUUUGUGGACUACAGGAAGAGCUACUUUCAGUGUUUUUUUUUGCCUAUCCAAACGCAUAGAAGCUCUGAGCAGCCAUGCCUUUCGGCAACACCCACAACAAGAUGAAGAUGAACUACACGGCCGAGCAGGAGUACCCCGACCUCAGCCAGCACAACAACCAUAUGGCCAAGGUGCUCACCCCGGAGAUAUACGCAAACCUGCGGGACAAGGAAACCCCCACUGGCUUCACAUUGGAUGACGUCAUCCAAACCGGGGUGGAUAACCCAGGCCAUCCAUUCAUCAUGACUGUGGGCUGUGUUGCUGGUGAUGAGGAGACAUAUGAGGUCUUUAAAGAUCUUCUGGACCCAGUCAUUGAAGACCGCCAUGGAGGCUACAAGCCCACAGACAAGCACAAGACCGACUUGAAUCCAGACAACCUUCAGGGUGGAGAUGACCUUGAUCCCAACUAUGUCUUGAGCUCCAGAGUACGAACCGGCAGGAGUGUUCGUGGCUUCUCUCUGCCCCCUCACUGCAGCCGUGGUGAGAGGCGUGGCAUUGAAAAUCUGGCUGUUGAAGGUUUAGGUAGUCUCGAUGGUGAAUUUAAAGGAAAAUACUAUGCCCUGAAGAACAUGACGGAGGAGGAGCAGCAGCAGCUGAUUGAUGAUCACUUCCUGUUUGACAAGCCAGUUUCUCCAUUGCUGUUGGCCUCUGGGAUGGCUCGUGACUGGCCCGAUGCCAGGGGGAUCUGGCACAAUGAUGACAAGACCUUCCUGGUUUGGGUGAAUGAGGAAGAUCACCUACGUGUCAUCUCCAUGCAAAAAGGUGGCAACAUGAAGGAGGUCUUCACUCGUUUUUGCACAGGACUCACAAAGAUUGAAUCCCUCUUUAAAGAGAAGGGCCAUGAAUUCAUGUGGAACGAGCACCUGGGCUACAUUCUCACCUGCCCUUCUAACCUUGGGACAGGGUUGCGUGGCGGUGUCCACGUUAAACUUCCAAACUUGAGCAAACACGAGAAGUUUGGUGAGAUCCUCAAGAAGCUGAGACUCCAGAAACGUGGAACAGGUGGAGUAGACACUGCUGCAGUGGGUGGCAUCUUUGACAUCUCCAAUGCUGACCGACUGGGUUUCUCUGAGGUGGAGCUGGUACAGAUGGUGGUUGAUGGUGUCAAGCUUCUCGUCGAAAUGGAGAAGCAUUUGGAAGCUGGCCAGCCAAUUGAUGACCUGAUGCCUGAGCAGAAGUGAACACUGCUUUAUAACCCAUCCAUAAUCCCAAAUUGACUCCACCUCCUGCCUUCAGCAGCUCUCCUUCCCUCCAAACCAGUAAUAUUAACCACAUCGAGGAGCUUACUCUGCCCAUGAUAGUGGCACUAAAGUUAGACGAGUCUUCCAUCAGUCCGAAGGAUUUUGUACCUCCAGCGUCUCGAAGGAUGGCUCUUUAACACCUGAAAUAAAGUCUCUUUGGCCCAUGGAAUUGGUUGUGGUGUCUCUUCCCUGUAGAACCUGAAAAAUCAGUCCUCCAGAUGAAUCCAUUGAGACAAGCAUGACUAUUUCAAAUACAAUACUGUAGUACCUCUAAAGGCCCCCCAGUGCUUUAAGCAUCGCCGUCACCUAUUUUCCAUUUGUAGUCCCGCUUUCCCUUCAGACGUUUCACACUAGUAUAAUUUUCCACUGCAGACAAGAUCCGGACUCUGUGCCACUACAAAACAGUGAUUAGUGUAAUUUAACUGUUAUGUCACUGAUCAACUAAACCAUACUAUCUGCUAUUAACCAGUCUUACAAAUGUAUUUAAAUGUACCGUAUAUUGUCCUGGUGAAAAUAGAUUUCAGAACAUAAUUCAAUAGACACACAAAUGACCAAUGAUUGUCUUGUCUGUUUCCAGUCGAAGCACCUCAAAUCUUUUUUUAGUGCACAUAGUAUUAAAAAAAAAAAAUGCAGAAGUGUAGAAAUGUAAUGCUAUCCUGUGGAAUGUUAAGCACUCACUAUAACUCAUUAAAAAAAUCUAUUACACAUAA